ACCGUUUCCGUGAACAAGAGUGUUGCGUAGUUUAAUGACAAGUUUAAUGAGAAGAUGAGAAAACCGCUGACCCCUGGGACAUCCUUAUCGCGGCCAGAUGCCCGCUCUCUAACCGAAAAUAAGCAUCCAGUAGUAAAUUCGCGACCGUACAUGCAACAUGCAGAGAUUGCCAAUUUGUCUGAUUGUUUUUACGUGCCUUGGUGUCGGCGGCACCUGGGCAAUUGACGGUGUGAAAGGUGGACAUCGGCCGCGUUACCCUAACGCGAAUUAUGGCACCAACUCCUCGCAAAAUGGCCUUUGCUACAAAAGGGUGCCAUACAGCCAUGCUUUAGCUUCAAACUCCAGCGGAACGCCUUACAAUACCAUUCCUCAGCCGCCCGGAGGUCACUAUCCUCCUAAUGACGGUUUUAUCACUAUCUUGGACUGUUGCGACGGCUACGAGCGCAACGUGACGAGCAGCCUGUGCGAGCCGCGAUGCGAACGCGGCUGUUUCGGCGGCCGUUGCACGGCCCCGAAUGUCUGCAGCUGUCCGCCGGGGUGGAGUCCCGACAACGGCGUCUGCAUGCCCGUCUGUUCGUAUCGGUGCCAGGAGAACGCCUAUUGCUUCUCCCCCGAAGUGUGCAUGUGCAAAUUGGGCUACGACGAGGUCGACGGCCAGUGCAGACCGAUCUGUCCCGACGGAUGCAGGCACGGCCAAUGCGUGGCGCCGCGCGUCUGCAGCUGCAGGCCGGGAUUCGUUCUGAAUGAACGCAAGGAGUGCGUGGCCGCGUGCGAGGGCGGCUGCGCGCACGGUGCGUGCAGCGGGCCGGGCGUGUGCACCUGCAACGAAGGAUACAUCAACCCUCCCGGCGAUCGCGAGGCCUGCGUCCCCCAUUGUCCGACCGGUUGUCACGACGGCGAGUGCGUCGCGCCGAACGUUUGCCGAUGCAGGAUCGGUUACACGCAGAAUCGUACCGGCUAUUGCACGCCAAACUGCCCGGACGGUUGCGACGGAGGCGAGUGCGUAGCGCCCGGUGUUUGCAGCUGCAGGCCCGGGUAUACGCGGGACCGUUACAGCGGCAGAUGCGUCCCGGGUACCGCGGGUUCAUCGCAAUGCGGAUACGGAUACACCGUCGAUCCCGACACCGGUAGAUGCAUCCCCGCGACGACGUCGCAGCCCGUCGGCGAUUGCAGAUACGGCUGCGGUCCGCAUGGCCGGUGUAUCGGAUACAAUCGGUGCACCUGCGAGCCGGGAUUCACCGCUGAUCCUGAUACCGGCAGAUGUAUCACCAUCGCGACGUCCACGAUCAACUCGACCUCCUCGCAAUGCAGAUUCGGCUGCGGCCCGGGCGGCAUAUGCGUCGGCCCGAACAUAUGUGCCUGCAAUCUGGCAUCCCGCCUCGAUCCCGAUACCGGAAGAUGCAUUCCGCCCUACCUAUCAGGCACGGGCGAGAUGUGCCAGCAUCCGUGCUUGAACGGUCAGUGUACCGGGCCGGAUCAGUGCACCUGCAACCCCGGAUACGCGCACGACGUUCGCGACGCCACGCGUUCCCGAUGCGUGCCGGUGUGCGCGAACGGGUGUCCGAACGGCGUAUGCACCGCGCCGAACCUUUGCCUGUGCAAUCCCGGAUACCGGAAGGAAGGUGUCAAAGGACGGCAGAGAUGCGUUCCGGCGGAACCUGACAUCCUGCCGGAUUCUGAUAGCGCGUUAUAUUGUAGCAAAGAGGAAAAGAAGCCUCAGUGUACGCUGCGACGCAACAUACGCAACUAUCUACACGCUGAUCAUUCGCGCGUCCUCGUUAGUGGGUCUUUAAAAAUAUAUGUUUAUACAUAUUUGGCAAUUAUGAAAUUUGCGUACGUUAUAUUUAUUUUUGUCGUUCUACAAGACGGAUUGAUUACUAAAGUUUUAGCACUUUCUGAGACCCUUCCUGAAGACAUUUUAUCCGCAUUCAGGGAGCAAAUUCAGGGAGCAAAUUGUAGUAAAAUCGUUAGUUUUUGGGAGACGCAUCAAGUCCCAUAUGUGGAAACAUAUAAGGUAAAAACAUGGGGUAUUUUUUAUAAAACACGCUUUCGAUGGAACUAUAGAAUUGAGUCUCGCAGAUCAUAUCGCAGAGAAUAUUAUUGUUGCGACGGAUACGCGCCCGGAUACACGGAUACAAUCGAAGGGGAAAGGUAUGUAAAUGUAUUUGGGCGGGAUCCCGUGUGUAAACCGAUUUGUCAACCUAGCUGCGGACACGGUACAUGCAUACGUCCAAACGAAUGCAUCUGCAAUUACGGAUACCGCACGCAAGAAACGGCAGCACCUAACGUAUCACGCUGUGUUCCUGUAUGCACUCAUUCUUGUGUACACGGCACAUGUGUCGCACCCGAAACUUGCGAGUGCAAUUCUGGGUAUAAAUUGAGCGGCCAUUCUGGACAUACCAUGAUCGCUCGUUAUACCUGCGAACCCGUCUGCAGCGUGCCGUGCGCUACAGGGUCAUAUUGUUAUGAGCCCGAUAAAUGUCUCUGCUUGAACGGAUACAAAAUGAGCGAACAAGAUGAAUUAACCGAAGUGUGCCAACCUAUCUGCGAAAGAGAGUGCGUUCACGGCAAGUGCACAGCCCCUGAUACCUGCACCUGUGAUCACGGUUACGACCCUGACCCAUACGACUUAUUCGUCUGCAAGCCCAAGUGCGAGCACGAUUGUCUCUACGGCAAGUGCACCGCGCCCAAUGUGUGCACCUGCGACGAGGGUUACUCGUUAAAAACCCCGAGCGUUUGCGAACCAAUCUGCAGCGAAGCUUGCGUUAUGGGCACUUGCGUGGCUCCCGAAAGCUGCAGCUGCUUCACGGGUUACGGGCUGCUCGAGAACUCGAGGUACGUCUGCGAGCCGGUCUGCGAGAAGGCUUGCCUCAAUGGGCGAUGCACCGCGCCUGGCGUAUGCACGUGCAACGAAGGAUUCCAAUUGAGUGGCGACGAAACGGAGAAGCACAUUUGCAAGCCUCACUGCGAAAUGUCUUGCGAACCGUUCGGCGUGUGUACUGAGCCGGAUGUCUGUACCUGCUAUGAGGGAUAUCGACUGAUUGAAAUGACAAGUGCUAAAAGAACAAUUUUUAAAUAUCUUCUCGGUUUCGACAAGUCGGUUUGCAUGCCAGUCUGUGAUAUAACGUGCAUCAAUGGACACUGCAUUGCGCCGAAUACGUGCAAUUGCGAUGAUGGCUAUCAUCCGUCAGGCGUCAAUAAUACCAGCUUCUGGUGCGAACCCACAUGUGCCCAGAAUUGCAUCAACGGCUUCUGCAGCGAGCCUGAAACUUGCACGUGCAACGAGGGCUAUCGCCCUUCCAAUUCUUCGCAUGACGUGUGCGAGCCAUUCUGCGAGACUGAUUGCGUCAAUGGAUAUUGCACCGCGCCAAACGAAUGCACCUGCAAAUCCGGUUAUCAACCUACCGAGGGUAAUCGUACGAGCCUCUGCGAGCCUAUUUGCGAUCCGAGUUGCAAGAACGGUAUCUGCGUGCAGCCCGACGUAUGCAGCUGCAAUCCGGGCUACCGUUCAUCGGCGAGUCCUAACAGUAAGACGAACAUGUGCGACCCUAUCUGUCACCCGGCCUGCGAGAUAAACGGUAUCUGCGAGGCGCCCGAUCUCUGCGUCUGCAAGGACGGUUAUCGCAUGAUUUAUUACGACGGUGGAGACGUCCCGUUCGGAUGCGAGCCGAUCUGCGGCGUCGAGUGCGGCAACGGCACGUGCACGGCGCCGGACCUCUGCGCGUGUUUCGACGGUUAUCGAAACGCGAAAAUCGGCGGAUGCGAGCCCGUCUGCGCGAGCUGCGGCAACGGCACGUGCGUCGCGCCCGAGGUUUGCGAAUGCGACGAUGGAUUCGUCCUUGCGGGCGCGAACCUCGAACUCGCACUAUUCGGAACAAAGGAAUCUCGAGCCUCGAUUGUCCCUGAGAAUGAAACGAGAAACGGAAGUAGAUGCGUGCCGCAUUGCGAGAAUUGCGACAACGGCGAGUGCGCGGCACCAGGUGAGUGUCGAUGUCGUGCCGGUUUCGUGAAGAUCGAAGACACCUGCGUGCACGCGUGCCAGGACGGUUGCGGUACUCACGGCGAGUGCGUCGCGGAACGAAGGACUUGCGAGUGUGAUUACGGAUGGGCCGGACCGCACUGCGAUCGGCCAACGUUGUGCGUUUUGAUCUUGAACGAAGAAGGAAAUCGUACUGAGCAAUUGACAAUUAUUAAAGAACAGAAUGCUACGAUCGAGAAUAUACUCAUGAAUAACCCAGCAUGUUCCGAGUGUAUCGGUAAAGUAAGUAAUGAAACUUUGUGCUUUAAGAUGUUGGUCAACGGUACAAAAAAUGAGACGCAAAUUGGUUGCUUAAUGAAUGAAGAAUGUCUUGCAUUAAACAGUCAAUAUAAGGAUCAAGGAAAAAUAAUCAAACUAACAAGUGGAAUCGCAGGUGGAAUAUUACUUCUAACAGUUAUAAUAAUGAUAUAUCUGAUAUUACGAAAACGUCAAAAUAGACAGGAUCUAGGCGAAGUUCAGGUAAUUUGCAGACACAGUACAUCGAUGCAAGGACUAAUUGAAUCGAGUGCCAACAAUUCUUAACACAAAAUAAUAUACUUGUAAAGUCUUAAUAUAGAAUCUUCGAGCUUUUUGAAGUAAUAACAAUGAUAAAAGAGCAAUUUCUUUAUUAAUUUAACUGAUUAAUUGAACGACGAGCUAGGAAUCGCGAAUCGCGAGCAUUAGCAACCUAUCCCGGUUCUAUGAUGCGUGGCUCGGAAUGACUUUUGGUGUAAUUGAUCAAGACUCUACACGUCGUGGAACCCCGGCUUGAUAAUAUAGCAUAUCCUGCUU